AAGGGAGGGGCAAAAAGUAAAGGCUUUAUAUUUCCUCCUGAGGGACACAGCUCCAGUCUCACCUGCCAAACUGUCCACGUCACCACUGGAAAGCAACAAAGGUAGUGCUUGGCAUAAAAUGGAUUCCCUCAGCAGAGCAAAUGUUGAAUUUUGCCUUGAUAUGUUCAAAGAGCUGAACAGUAACAAUGCAGGAGAUAACAUCUUCUUUUCCCCACUGAGUCUGCUUUAUGCGCUGAGUAUGAUCCUCCUUGGUGCCAGAGGAAACAGUGCAGAGCAGAUGGAAAAGGUGCUUCACUUUAACCAUAUUGCAGGAUCGUUAAAACCAAGGUUUACGGGUUCAUCUAAGUGCAGCCAAACUGGAAAUAUUCAUUCAGAGUUUGGAGUCCUAUUCUCUCAAAUCAACCAGCCAGACUCCAACUACACCCUCAGCAUUGCCAACAGACUCUAUGGGACAAAGGCAAUGGCGUUCCAUCAGCAAUAUUUAAGCUGUUCUGAAAAAUUAUAUCAAGCCACGCCGCAAACUGUUGAUUUUGAACGGUCUACAGAAGAAACGAGGAAAACGAUUAACGCUUGGGUGGAAAGUAAAACUAAUGGAAAAAUCACAAACCUCUUUGGAAAGGGCACAAUUGACCCUUCCUGUGUAAUGGUUCUGGUGAAUGCUAUAUAUUUCAAAGGACAAUGGCAAAAUAAAUUUCAGGAAAGAGAGACAGUGAAAACUCCUUUUCGGCUAAGUGAGGGUAAAAGCGUAAUUGUGGAAAUGAUGUAUCAAACUGGAACAUUUAAACUGGCCUUUAUAAAGGAGCCACAGAUACAAGUUCUUGAGUUGCCCUACGUUAACAACAAACUAAGCAUGAUUAUUCUGCUUCCAGUAGGCACGGCUAAUCUAGAACAGAUAGAAAAGCAGCUGAAUGUGAAGACAUUUUAUGAGUGGACCAGCUCUUCUAACAUGAUGGAAAGGGAAGUUGAAGUCCACAUCCCCCGAUUCAAACUGGAAAUCAAGUACGAGCUAAAUUCCCUCUUAAAAUCCCUCGGGAUGACAGAUAUCUUCAACCAGAUCAAAGCCGAUCUUUCCGGAAUAUCACCAGCCAAGGGCCUAUAUUUAUCAAAGGUCAUCCACAAGUCGUAUGUGGAUGUCAACGAAGAGGGCACUGAGGCAGCAGCAGCCACUGGCGACAGCUUCAUCGUAAAAAGACUCCCCAUCCGAGCUAAGUUCGUGGCAAAUCACCCCUUCCUGUUCUUCAUAAGGCACAUUCAAACCAACACGAUUCUCUUCUGUGGCAAGCUUGCCUCUCCCUAAACCAAUGGGGUUAGGCAAAGCUCAGAAUCACAGAGGAGGUGCAGGGACAACCCUGUGACCAAAGCAGUUCAUACCUCACACACCUCUGUGCCUCAGUUUGUUUGUCUGCAAAAUGGGUCUAGGAUCUCUCUGAACUUGUUCAAUGAGUUGGUAAUCAUGGAAGAAGGUAUAUAUUUACAAAAAAGCUUUUCUGGCUCUCUUAUCUUUGGGGCCUCAUCUGCGUGCUGUCUGGGUAACAUGAUCAAGUCAAUGAGAAGAAUGUUAAAGGAUUGGAUUUUCUUGACUUGUAUUUAUCAGUGAGCUUGUGAAUAAGUGACUACUGUACUUUCAGAAAACCAAUUUAAGGGCUGCAACUUUGAUUGACUUUUUAAAUAUAAUUUUCUUCGCAUGUGUAAAUAUAAUAUUGUGACUUUAGUUCAAAAUUCUGUGUUGACUAUAAUAAAUAAACGAAAUGCUUUAUGUUCUUUGAA